CCUCUUUAGUUGAACCGGGGUCUUUCUGUCGUACGCACAGGGUGUUUUGUUUUUAGUUUCGUUUUUUAAAAACCUGUUGCGCGUUAAAACAAAAAUAAUGUUAUCUAAAGUACGAAUAGAAAGUCUUAAAAACAGUUGAACCACGUUAAAUCUAAGUCUUAAGUUAUUUUUUUUAAUAUUCUCGUUGGUUCUUCUUCCGGCGGCGACUGAGUUUUUUGUGUUUGAGUGUGCUGUGGUGGUUGUGUUUUGUUUUAAGUGGUAAUAAUGGGGUCCGCAAUUUCGAAGGGUGAACAACAACAACAACCUUCGGCUCUACAUCCGGGGCCAUCAGACAAAACAGAAAGUGUCAUCUCAUCGAAACACCAUGCCAGACAAGCCAGCAUUAGAGUUAAAUCAAAACAACCAAUGCCAGAUCCUAAUGAAUUAGAAAAAAGAUUUACUAAAGUGUUGGCUUCAAUGGAUUUGCCACCUGAUAAAGCAAAACUACUUCGAAACUAUGACUCGGAAAAGAAAUGGGAUAUUAUUUGUGAUCAGGAAAUGGUUCACGCAAAGGAUCCACCUUCAUAUUAUCUAAAUAAACUAAGAACUUAUUUAGAUCCAAAAGCAUCACGAAGUCAUCGGAAACGAAAAAUGGUGGGAGAUUCAACAUCAACCCAAGUACUAAGAGAUUUGGAAAUAUCUUUAAGAACUAAUCAUAUAGAAUGGGUUCGUGAAUUUUUAAAUGAAGAAAACCUCGGUUUAGACGUUUUAAUAGAUUAUCUAAGUUUUCGAUUAGGUAUGAUGCGACACGAACAACGAAUCGCUGAAUCAAGAACCGAAUCCGAAGAACGAUUAAAUCCAUCGAUGAUCCUCAAUACCACGACAAUAUCGGAAAGGCAAAAUGGUUAUAUGAGGCCUUCACUUGAUCUUACAGAUAGUCCUAGUAUAAAACGCCGAUCAAAACAUGUAGCUAAAUUAAAUAUGGGAGAAUCAAAAGAUGAUAUCCACGUUUGUAUAAUGUGUAUGCGAGCUAUUAUGAAUAAUAAGUAUGGUUUUAAUAUGGUAAUACAACAUCGAGAGGCAAUAAAAUGUAUAUCUCUAAGUCUCAUUCAUAAAAGUUUACGUACGAAAGCGUUAGUUUUGGAACUUUUAGCGGCGAUAUGUCUGGUUAAAGGUGGCCACGAAAUUAUUUUAUCAGCAUUCGAUCAUUUUAAAGAAAUUUGUCAUGAAAUUCAUCGAUUUCAAACUUUAAUGGACUACUUUCUUAAUUAUGAUGUUUUUCACAUCGAAUUUAUGGUCGCUUGCAUGCAAUUUGUAAACAUUGUAGUACAUUCCGUUGAAGAUAUGAACUUUAGGGUUCAUUUACAAUAUGAAUUUACGGCCCUUGGUCUUGAUUAUUACCUGGAGAAAUUGAGACAAACGGAAAGCGAGGAACUUCAAGUACAAAUUUCAGCUUAUUUAGAUAACGUUUUUGAUGUCGCGGCUUUAAUGGAAGAUAGUGAGACGAAAACGGCUGCAGUGGAAAAAGUACAAGAAUUAGAAGAUGAAUUGGGACAGGCUCAUGAUCGAUUACACGAAAUUGAAUUAGAAGCUUUAGCAAAAAUUGCCGAAUUAGAAACACAAUUAUCUCAAGUAAGAAGUGAAAGGGAUGAUUUAUUUGAAACAAGUCGGCAAGUAACGGAAGAAGUGACGACUUUAAGAAGGGUCGUUCAAGAUCACCAAAGAGAGUCGAAAAACCGCCAAUCAAUGCUUGAAUCAAAAAUAAGUGAAUUGGAAAGUAUAACCAAAAGUUUACCAAAAGGUGCUACAAUUGCAAACUUAGCGGAUCUUUUACAAUUACCACCACCAAUAAAUGAUACAUUAUCAGCAUCAUUACCUCUUCCACCGCCAGAAAUACCAAAAGAAACACCAAUAGUUCCACCACCGCCACCACCAGUUCCAGUUGCGCCACCACCACCAUGUCCACCGCCUCCACCAUGUCGAACAACAAAUAAUGCUCCAGUACCUCCACCACCAGCUCCAGGUUUAAUGCAAGCUCCAGAUGGCGCGAUGACCAUCAAAAGAAAAGUUUCAACCAAAUAUAAGCUACCGACAAUUAAUUGGGUUGCAUUAAAACCAAAUCAAGUACGAGGAACAAUCUUCAACGAACUUGAUGAUGAUAAACUCCAUUCGUAUAUUGAUUUUAAUGAUUUCGAGGAGAGAUUUAAAAUAGGUGCAACCGGGCCAUUUUCAAAUGAUAGUAAUUCUGUAACGGAUGGUUUAAAUACAUUUCCAAGCAAAAGGUUUAAAAAACCGGAAAAUGUUUCGUUAUUGGAGCAUACGAGGUUGAGAAAUAUUGCAAUUUCAAGGCGAAAAUUGGAAAUGCCAAUUGAAAAAGUUAUUAAUGCGAUAACAUCGUUGGAUUUGAAACAAUUACCAUUGGAAAAUGUUGAAGUUUUACAAAGAAUGGUACCUACUGAGCAAGAAACUAAAGCGUAUAGAGAGUAUAUAGUCGAAAAGAAAAAUGUUAAUAUGUUAACAGAAGAGGAUAAAUUUUUGAUGCAGCUCACAAAGGUUGAAAGGCUUUCAGCUAAAUUAUCUAUUAUGAGUUAUAUAGGAAAUUUCUUUGAUAAUCUUCAUUUAAUAACACCACAAAUCCAUGCGAUUAUAUCAGCGUCUAGUUCAGUGAAAAAUUCUCGUAAACUCCGAGCAGUUUUAGAAAUAAUUUUAGCGUUUGGAAAUUAUUUAAAUAGCAGCAAACGGGGUCCAGCUUACGGUUUUAAACUACAAUCACUCGAUACUUUAUUAGAUACAAAAUCAACGGAUAAAAAACAGUGCCUCUUACAUUAUAUCGUCGCAACGAUACGUCACAAAUUUCUUGAAUGUCUCAAUUUUGACUCUGAAUUAAUGUAUAUUGAAAAAGCUGCUGUUGUAUCAUUGGAAAACAUAACAACCGAUGUCCAUGAGAUCGAAAAAGGUAUGGAAGCAGUUCGAAAAGAAGCGGAAAUACGCGGAAAAGGAUCGCAAAGUUUAGUUCUAAGGGAUUUCUUGGCUAACGCUGAAGAUAAAGUGAAAAAGCUGAAAAACGACGUGAAAACAGCACAAGAUACAUUUAGGGAAUGUGUGGAGUAUUUUGCUGAAUCCCCAAGAACCACGGAUGCGAAUUCUUUCUUCUCGUUGUUGGUUAGAUUUGUGAAAGCCUUUAAGGUGGCAGACCAAGAAAACGAACAACGAAGAAGAUUAGAACUCGCAGCGAUGAAUGCCAAUUCAAAAACGAACGAAGAGGUCGUAAAAAGAAACAAAUUAAAUCAGAAAAAGCAACAGGAUGCUGUAAUAAAUGAAUUGAAACACAAGACGAAAAUGGUGCACGAGAAAAAAUUAUUACAACAAGAUGAGGUGUAUAAUGGAGCUUUGGAAGAUAUUUUAUUGGGUUUAAAAAGCGAACCAUACAGAAGAGCUGAUGCAGUGAGAAGAAGUCAACGUAGAAGAAUUGAUAAUAAUAGGUUAUCAAAAACACUCGAAGAAUUAGAAUUUUAGUUUUUUUAUGAUUGACGUUAAUGAGAAUAACGAGAGAAAAAAAGAAAGAGAAUGUAUUAAUGUGAUAUAAUUUUUUGUUGUAAGUAGGUUCUUUUUUUUUCAAUUUGACGUCGGGGAGUUGAAAUGAAAGUAAUUUAAAAAAUUUAUUUUUUUAUUAAAUUGAACCAUUUUAUUAUAUGUUUAAUUUACCAUAUGAUACAAGAUUGAUUGGAAUUAUUUGUAAACAGAAUUGCCAUAUCGAAUUCGUUACAUUUCGCACAAUUUCCUUGCUAAAUAUUAACAACAAAUGGCACGUGAAUGCACAUAUACUUAUUGUGCAAUUUGUUGUUGAGAUGAAGGUAAUAGUGUGUAUAGAAAAUAUGGUUACAAUGCAACACAACGAUUUUGACGUACUUACGAAAAUGUUAACAUCAACAUAUUUUCUGCAUCAAUCAGUCUUGUUCACGGGGUAUAUCGUUUCUAUUUUUGUAGUAUGUUGAACAAAAAAUCUAGAACGCCAUAUAAUUUUUAUAUGUUAACUUUUUACUAAAUGAUUUGACCAUUUUUGCAGGUUAGAAGACGUAUUUAUAUAGAUUAGAAGAAACUAAAAAACCAAAGAUCAUAGAGCAGUGUUGGUCACAAGGUUAUCCCGCUCUGAGAAUUUGAGUUUUAUGGAUUAAUAGGAUGUUUGUAGGCCAAGAAGGCUCAAUACAAUAAGCUAAUGAAGUAGAUCUGAAAUUAUUUCUUACUUUGUCAUGGAAAAAUAAACAUAUUUAUUUAAUUACUUUUAUGAAAAACAAUUAGAAUACAUGAAGUGGGAUAAUAUUAUGAUUAACAUCUUCUAUGGUCAUUGGAAUUAAGAAGAUUUACGUUUUUUACGUAAAAUUGAUGUUAUGUUUCAUUGCUACCAACUAUCAUUUUUCAGAAAUUAAACUGUUUAAUAAAAAUUGUAAAUUUUUAUGGAAGUUGAAUCAUGAUUUUGAAUUGGUUAUACCAAUGAUUCCAAAUUCAUUUAUCUUUCUUUAUUAUGCAAGGAAAUUGAUUAAAAAAUCUUCUUCAUCCAUCAUAACUGCCUAUCACAGCAUUUUCAUUCUUUUCAUUCUCCGAAAUUUUUAUUAUGUCACCCCAGACUGCAAUGAAAGAAAAAAUGACUUUUCUUCCUCCACAGCUCAUCUACUAUCUGCUCAGAAUAAGAACAUCUACAUUUAGUUCUCCAGCAUGAUGUACUACAGCUAAUUAGCUAUGAUGUACCAAAGUGAUGUACUCAAGAUUAUUUUGACUUAUUUAGCAUUUGACUUUCUAGUGGUGAGAAGGAAAAAUUCUGAUCUCUGCAACAUCUUUUAUUUCACUUAUAAAACUAAAAUUGCCUCUCAGUUUUCUUCUCUCUUUGUCUGUAACUUUCCCAUUUUGACAUUUAUUACUUCCCGACCACAUUUGCUGUAACAUCUCCCUUUUGGGAAAUAUUUGAAGCUAUGUAGAAAAAAUAAUAACUUUUAGUGUACUAAAUGAAGGAUGGCGUAAUUUUUACACCACCCUGACUCAUCUCUUUCUUUCUAUAGACGAAACUAAUCGUACCCAACACCAGUUUACCCAUCUUUCUGAGCUUGAGAUCAUUGUAUUUUUUCUGCGUUGUCAAGUAUACUAAAACAAGCACGUUUUUCGUUGUGUUCUUUUAAAAACCUGUGUUUUCAGGUAGUAUAUAUGGGAGGAAGAAAGGUGUUUAACGUUUUCUGGCAAUACAGUUGAAGAAUAUCUUUAGAUUGGGCAAUUUAUCUCACAUCCACCAUGUUAAAACAUGUGCGCGAUGCAUACUGCGAAUUUUCUGCAAUGAAACUUAAACUAUCUGCAAAUUUUAUUAAAUUAUUUUAAAUUAACAUUUAAGUUUUUGAUAUUUUGGUAAUGUUGUUAUUCGAUAUGUUUCGUAAGUUAAAAUUAUGUCAUUCUAGAUUUUUUGUAUUAAAUAUUGUAUAGUAUGUCUUUAAUUAAAUUUUGCCAUCAAUGUUGUCUCAAGUUGACAUAUUUAAUAGCAAAUUUAAUUGAAGACGCAGUAUCGCUAUUAUUACUAUUAUUGUGUUUUUUGUA